AUGCCGACAGACGACGUUGAAACCCUGUUUAUAUACUUGUUGAUGGAAGAGCAACUUCUCUGUCAAAAGUUGGUUUUAUUAUUGGUAGCUUACCACAUUAUGGUUAGGAUAGCGUCAUGCAAACGAAAGAGGGGUUCCGACCUGCCUGCUUUUGGUAUUAUUGAACGUAUUCCUGCUCAAACCAUGCAUAUGAAUAGGCUUGUGGGUGUUAGUGAUGUCGAUUGUCUGUCGAACUUACGUAUGGACCGCAACACAUUCGGUCGUCUAUGUACUUUGCUACGUGAGUUAGGGGGGUUAACGGAUGGAAGAUUCGUGCAUCUCGUGCUGAAAGCAGUUAUCAAAUUGCACGAAGUUUUAUUCAUCAAAUCCGUUCCCGUUCCAGACGAUUGUGCGGAUAGCAGAUGGCGAUGGUUCAAGGGUUGUUUGGGUGCUCUUGAUGGCACGUAUAUAAACGUCAUGGUUAGCAAUGCUGACAAGCCUAGGUACCGGACACGGAAAGGGCAGAUUUCUACUAACACACUCGCUGUUUGUGAUCGUAAUAUGAAGUUCGUCUACGCUUUGCCUGGUUGGGAGGGUUCGGCAGCUGAUUCGAGAAUAUUGCGCGAUGCCCUCGUACGAGUUAAUGGGCUGAGAGUGCCUAAAGGAAACUAUUAUCUAGCAGACAACGGGUACGCCAACAGCGAGGGGUUUUUAACUCCGUACAAGGGUGUACGAUACCAUCUUAAGGAAUGGGGACCGAACACAGCCCGACCGCAGAAUGCAAUGGAGUUAUUCAACCUACGGCAUUCGAAGGCACGAAACGUCAUUGAACGUGCCUUCGGAAUCAUGAAAAUGCGUUGGGGGAUAUUGAGAAGUGCAACCUUUUAUCCCGUGAAGACUCAGGUCCGGCUUAUCAUGGCUUGUUUCAUUCUUAAUAAUUUCAUCCGUGCGGAGAUGCCCGACGACCCAAUUGAACACGAGUUUGACAACGCAGCCACAAAUGAGCAGAAUGAUGCUGAGAUUGAGGGCGAUUUCAUCGAUGUAAUCGAGUCCUCUCCGGCCUGGAAUGCAGAGCGAGAUGCAAUUGCACAAUCCAUGUGGAACAAUUAUGCGAACAACAUUUGA